AUGCCGUCUGGAAAAGAACAAGACAAGCGCGAUAAUUACAAGAAGCCUCCGAACAAGGAGUUUUCGACCGCUUCGUGGGAGGGUCGCUUAUCGGAUAAUGGAGAGGAAGACGAUGGCGAUAUCACUGAUCCGGAGUUGAUUGCUGAAAAGGAGUAUGCUCUGGAGCAUGGUACUGAAUUCGACAUGAAUUUGAUUGGCGGAGGAAGUCUUUCAAUAGCAGCUGGCGGAGGGGCUGAAUCAAAAUCUGCCGAUAAGACAAAGAAAGAUUCGCUGAUAUCUGCUAAAAUUAAACAGGCGAAAGCGGAUCGCAAAGCGCGUGGAAGAGGCGUUUCUGGAAGCAUGUGUAAAAAGGAUAGGGAUAUUGCAUAUGGCGGUUUCCACACGCUGAUGGAUAUGGACGUAUAUUACGGGUUAGAUGAUGAAUACGGCACCUAUAUGUCAGAUACCGAGGACUCUUUUGCUAACCACGAAGACGGCUAUAAGGGUGGCGCUCACCAAGAAAAGGAGAAGGUGGACCAGUCGAAAGUUGAUCUCAUCAAUGAGGACAUGAAUCAAAUGUCUUUGAAUGAUGAUGAUGAGGAGGAGGAUGAUGACCGUCCAGGGCCAAGUCGAUCAUAUCAUGGAACAAGCGAUGAUGGGAAACCGAAGCGCCUCUACCGCAUGUAA